AUGUCUGUCGUCGGUCUUGACUUUGGCACACAAAAUGCCGUCAUUGUAAGUCUUUGUGCCUGUUUGCUCUGCACUCGAGCACCUACUGACACGUUGCGCAACAGNGCUGUCGCAAGAAACCGUGGUGUCGAUGUUAUCACAAACGAAGUCUCUAACCGCGCAACUCCCGCCCUGGUUGGUUUCGGCCCCAAGUCUCGCUACCUCGGCGAGACCGCAAAGACACAGGAAGUCUCCAACCUCAAGAACACCGUCGGUUCCCUCACCCGUCUCGCUGGCCGAUCGCUGAAGGACCCCGAUGUCGCCAUUGAGCAAGAGCACGUCUCGUGCAAGCUGGUCGACGUCAACGGCCAGGUUGGCGCCGAGAUCUCAUACCAGGGCAAGAAGGAGCAGUUCACUGCCACCCAGUUGACCGCCAUGUUCCUCACAAGGGCCAAGCAGACCGCCUCUGCCGAGCUCAAGCUCCCCGUCAACGACAUGGUCAUCGCCGUCCCCGCCUGGUACACCGACGCCCAAAGAAGAGCCAUCAUCGAUGCUGCCGAGAUUUCCGGCCUCAAGAUCCUGCGUCUGAUCAACGAGACCACCGCCACUGCCCUCGGCUGGGGUAUCACCAAGACUGACCUGCCUGGUCCCGAGGAGAAGCCCAAGAGAGUCGCCUUUGUCGACAUUGGUCACAGCAACUACACCGUCUCCAUUGUCGAGUUCCGCAAGGGAGAGCUCAAGGUCAUCUCGACCGCCUACGACCGUCACUUCGGUGGUCGCAACUUCGACAAGGCCAUUGUCGACCACUUUGCCGCCGAGUUCAAGGAGAAGUUCAAGGUUGACAUCAACGAGAACCCCAAGGCCAAGCUCCGUGUUGUCGCCGCUUGCGAGAAGCUGAAGAAGGUCCUUUCCGCCAACGCUGGUGCCCCCAUCAACAUUGAGUCUUUGAUGAACGAUGUCGAUGUCCGCGGCUUCCUCAAGAGAGAGGAGCUCGAGGAGAUCAUGAAGCCCCUUCUCGCCCGCAGCACUGCUCCUCUUGAGCAGGCUCUUGCUGAGGCCAAGCUGAAGGUCGAGGACAUCGACACCAUCGAGCUUGUUGGUGGCUGCACCCGUGUCCCCGCCCUCAAGGCCGCCAUCCAGGACUUCUUCGGCAAGCAGCUGUCCUUCACCCUCAACGCCGACGAGGCCAUCGCCCGUGGUUGCGCUUUCGCCUGCGCCAUCCUGUCCCCCGUUUUCCGUGUCCGCGACUUCUCGAUCCACGACAUCUGCAACUACCCCAUUGAGUUCACCUGGGAGAAGAGCGCCGAGAUCCCCGAUGAGGACACCUCGCUUACCGUCUUCAACCGCGGCAACGUCAUGCCCUCGACCAAGAUCCUUACCUUCUACAGAAAGCAGGCCUUCGACCUUGAGGCCAAGUACGCCAAGCCUGAGAUGCUCCCCGGCAAGAUGAACCCCUGGAUCGGCAGAUUCAGCGUCAAGGGCGUCAAGGCCGACGAGAAGGACGACUUCAUGAUCUGCAAGCUCAAGGCCAGAUUGAACUUGAACGGUAUCUUGAACGUUGAGUCUGGAUACUACGUUGAGGACAUGGAGGUCGAGGAGCCCAUUGAGGGCGAAGAUGUGAGUUUUCAAGACAAGGCGACUUUGCAAUCUCAAUCCGAUCAAGAAAGAGAGAGCAAGCGCCCCAUCAUUAUGCCUAGUACUGACAUCGAUUCACAGGGCAUGGACACUGACAAGGAGCCCAAGACCCGCAAGGUCAAGAAGCAGGUCAAGAAGGGUGACCUUCCUCUGUCUUCUGGCACCGCCUCUCUCGACGUGCAAGCCAUUGCCGAUUUCUCCGAGAAGGAGCACAGCAUGAUCAUGGAGGACAAGCUUGUCGCCGACACCGAGGACAAGAAGAACGAGCUUGAGGCCUACAUCUACGAAAUGCGCGCAAAGAUUGACGAGGAGUACGCCGAGUUCUCCAGCGACGACGAGAAGACUAAGCUGAAGGAGAAGCUCGAGACUAGCGAGGUGAGUUCUACAAACCACAUCCAUCACACCUGUCCAAGUACUAACAUUUUUCUUUCUCCANNGGACUGGCUCUACGACGAGGGUGACGACGCCACCAAGGCCGUCUACCAAUCCAAGAUUGACGAGAUCCGCGCCAUUGGCGGACCCAUUGCCCAGCGCUACCUCGACAAGUUCGAGGAGGAGCGCCAAGCCGCCCUCAAGGCCCAGGAGGAGGCCGCCGCAAAGAAGCGCGCCGAGCAAGAAGCCAUCCAGCAAGCCCAGCAAGAGCAGGCCGCCGCCGCCGCUGCCGCAGCAAAGAUGGCCGCCCAGCGCGAGGAGCAGGAGAAGAAGGACGCCGAAAUGCAAGACGCAUAG